UCACCUAGUUAGCUGCGGUGCUAACGUUAGCUUUUUUUUUUCAGUUUCCAGUCAGUUCGCUCCAGCGACAGCGUUACUGAGCUCUAUAAACAGACUACAACGAUUUUAAACAACCACUUUCCUUGAACUAAUUGGAUGCUAAAAGUCAGCAACCAGCUUUUACUUAAUUAGACUUUGCAAUAGCAGCGAGAUAUAGUUACAUAUGUAGUGACACAUCAGUUAGCUUAGCUAGCUAGCGUCGCGGCGUCACUUCCUACUUUUUGAAAGUCGCGGCCAGAAAGUGAGGAAGCAUAGAGAUGGAGCUACAAGUGGGGACUGAACCGAUGUCCCUGGGUUCUCCUACCUCCCCAAAGCCGACCCCUGGAGCUCAGUUUCUCCCUGGCUUCCUGAUGGGUGACCUGCCAGCUCCAGCCAGCCCCCAGCCACGCCCCUUCAGCCUGUCCACGCCCAUCAUGGAGAGCACAGGUACGCCCCGAGGAGGAGGAGGAGGCUCUGCUCCGCAGCCCGUUGUCCCCACCCCCAAAGAUAAGAGCGGAGCCCCUCCUGUUCGCAGUAUCCACGAUGACCUGGUUACUGUGACGACGCCCCUCAACACACACAGACAGUCUUUUCCAGUUAUGCAGUCUCCUCUCUCUGCACGAGGGGCCUCAACUCCAGGUGCGCAGCACUCGUGUCUAUCUCCAGCUCAGGUGGAUCCCUUCUACAGUCAGGGAGAGUCUCUGUCAUCUGACGACCAGCUGGACCAGGCCUGGGUCACUGUGUUUGGUUUUCCUCCAGCCUCGGCUUCCUACAUCCUGCUGCAGUUCGCUCAGUACGGAAACAUCCUCAGACACACGAUGGCGUCUCCCGGUAACUGGAUGCACCUUCAGUACCAGUCCAGGCUUCAGGCCAGGAAAGCCCUGUCUAAAGAUGGAAAAGUGUUCGGCGACGCCAUCAUGGUGGGAGUCAAGCCCUGCAUAGACAAGAGCGUGAUGGACAGCAGCGCAGCGGUCUCGCCUCCCUUCUCAACCUCCUUCUCCUCCCCCGCCUUCCCCUCCACGGUUCGCUUCGUCAGCAGGCCGUACAGGAUCCCCGACAGCGACUAUCAGGUGUUAGCAGACAGACAGACACCCAAGAAGGAUGACAGUCUGGUUUCCAAAGCGAUGGAGUACAUGUUUGGCUGGUGACACAAUGACUCAUGGGAUACCUGAAGCCUUCACGGACAGAUGGAUGAACUUAUUCACACGAGUGUGUGUGUGUGUGUGUGUGUGGUGUUGUGUGUGUGGUGUGUGUGUGUGGUGUGUGUGUGUGUGUGGUGGUGUGUGUGUGUGGUGUGUGUGUGUGUGUGUGUGUGGUGUGUGUGUGUGUGUGGGUGUGGUGUGUGUGUGUGUGUGUGU